GUCCAUCUCACCGAGGAGGAGUGGAGUCUUCUACAGGACUGGCAGAAGGUCCUCUACAAGGAGGUGAUGCAGGAGAACCUGGACUCUGCGCUGCUGUUGGAAGACCUCUGGGAGCCCCAUAUGAAAUCCGAAGAUAUCUCCGAGGAUGCAGAAGGUUCAGCAUGGAAGGUGGAAGAACAGACUCAGCGGGACACGGUCCAUUCGAAGAAAUGGGGCGAUAUGUACAAGAACUUCCACGGUGUGCUGGACAAAGUACCCCAUCGAUGCUCUGAUUGCCGAGAGGUCCUAGGAAGCUGGUCUCUUCUCGUUGACCACAAACGAAGCCACCUGAGAUGCAAACCCAAUGCAAACCAUCAGCCAUUCAUUCCGACAAUCCAACAAACCAAACAGGACCAGGCGAGGCUCUAUAGUCUCCGUGUACGCAGAAAGUGGUCCUCCUCAGAUCUACAUCCGAUUUCAAGAUGGGGUCUGUCUACCAACGAAGAUCCGCCAAUGUACCCAGAAAGAGUGGACUCAAUAGCAGGUAGCAAAGCCCUCAUCGUGAAAUAUAAGGAAUCGAAAAAUUACGUCGGCGCAAAGACUUUUGGCCAGUUGGGAAACGUGGUGGAGAACGGAAAGCAGCUGUUGAAAUGUUUCAGCUGUCCAAAAAUAUUCACCGACGUCAACCUGUUCAUCGAGCACAAAAAGUCACACAAAGAAAACAAGAGCUUCGCCUGCCCCGACUGCGGGAAAGGUUUCGUCAGGAAGUCCGUCCUGAAGCUUCACCGAAGGACUCACACUGGAGAACGUCCUUUCGCAUGCUCCGAGUGCGGCAAACGCUUCAGCCAGAGGUUCAACCUUGUGAUUCACCAGCGGAUUCACUCCGGGGAAAAACCUUACAAGUGUCCCUCCUGCGAUAGAAGUUUCCGGUACAAGCCAGCUCUUAUGAGGCACGAGGACAAAUGUGUGAAGGCCAAUCACAGAACACGUCCUGGAGGAAAGUCCAAAAACUCACAACGGUCUCCUCCAACUGUUGUUCAGCCAGAAGUUAAGACCUUGCCCAGUAGGCCACCGUCAUUUUCCACCUCAAAUGCGAAACCCUAUCCUGUAUCCCAGGCCAGCGGUGGUCAAGGUAUGGACACUUGCACCUUGCAACGCUCGUCGCCUAAACCACCAAUCUCUUCACCAACCCCUGUCUGUUCUCAGUUGGUUCCUCGAGUCAAAUCAUCAUCCAGACUUCUCACCGGUCUUAAAUCAGGAAGCAAGCAAUCCUCGUUAUCAAACAAUUCCAUCUGUGUGCAAUCUGGUACUAAGCCUCGGUUUUUGGCAUCGUCAAGCGGUCAAGCUCCAUCUUCAUCCACUUUCUUCCAUCAAUCAUAAAUCGGGAGGCAAGCAAUCCUCGUUAUCAAACAAUUCCAUCUGUGAGCAAUCUGGUACUAAGUCUUUGGCAUCUUCUCCACCAAGCGGUCAAGGUCCAUCUUCAUCCACUACUUCCAUCAGUCAUAAAUCGGGAGGCAAACCUUUGGCAUGUGCCCCAACUUAUAGACAUUAUCCAUCCGCUAAUAAACGCCAAGAAAUAGGUCCUUCUCCGAAAGCAGUGGUCAUUCGUCAGUCCGGCUCAACAACAUCUUCU